AUGGCGGCACAAAGCAAACUGGCGGAGAUCGCCUUCAAUUGUACCUGCCAGGAGUAUAUACAUCCCUGGACCUCGAGCUGUGCCUGUUCAGCGGCUGGAAUGAUGAUGUCCAUAUUUCCAGCGAGCCUACGCAUCUAUGGCACUGUGUAUCUGCUGGCUUUAAUCAUGAGGGGCCGCAUACCAUCGCUUAAGGACGUCAGACGCACUGCAGCUGGCAUUCUUCAGUCAACGGCGUUUCUCUCAUUAAAUGGAAGCCUUUUCAUUCUAGCCAUUUGCCUGGUGCGGCAGUUGCUGGGUGGAUUCUACUUCAGCACCGCUUCUUUGAUACCUUCACUCUUGGUCAGCUCCAUAUCGUUGGCCGCCGAGCGACCAGAGCGCCGAACUGCACUGGCCAUGUAUGUGGCCAACGUAGGCAUCGAGACGCUGUGGAAGAUGCUGGAGUCCCGGGGACUGGUUCGGUCCAUUCCUAAUGGCCAGGUGCUCAUCAUGGGUCUGAGUGUCACAGCCCUGAUGUACAUGUACCGCGCCGGUCUGCACAAGACAGUGGCCAAGGAUGCCACUUUCAAAGGAUUGGGUGUGAUAGUGGGCAAAGAGGAGGAGGGUCCACUAAAGACGCCUACGGUGACCACCUCACAGAGCUCUCGCCAGCGACCCCUGAACUUCCGCAGCAUCACCGCGUACCUGCAGCUCUACGAUCGGUUUCUGACCACCAAGCAUCCCAGUUGUCCGCACAAAAGAGGCUGUGCGCCGUAUGCCCUCCUCGGCGGACUGAAGCCUUUCCUGGGCGGCGUGGGUCUCCAGGUGGGCCUCAAGCUGCUGCUCAACAUUCCCAAGAUAUUCCAGCUCAAGAUGCAGUGGCGCAAGCAGAUCUUCAACAAGGGAUCCCUGCAACUGGGCCUGGCGCUGGGCAUCUUCUCGUUGCUUUUUAAGACAACUUCCUGUGGCCUGCGUCAUAGCUGUGGAUACGACAGUGCCAUCUUCGCCAUUCCGGCUGGCCUCCUCGGUUCGAUUGGCCUCCUGCAGUUUCCAAACACCACGGUGGCUCUCUACCUGAUGUGGAAGUCCCUGCAGCUCUUGUACAACUGGGGCGCCGCUGAGGGAUGGGUUCCCGAGGUGCCACACUUCGCAAUGAUACUGUAUGGGCUUUUCACUGCUGUGCUCUGCCAUGCGACCAUAUUGGAAGCGCAAUCCAUGCGGCCCAGCUACUACAAGUUUAUUGAAACCAUUUCCGGCAGCCGCCUUAGCAGGUUCAAUUUAAAGCCCUUCGAGGCUUUUGGAGUUGGAAGCCAGGACCAGGCAAACCAAGUGAUCAACAAACUGGGCAUUGUCUGGAAUUCACCUUACCCAAAAUUCGCCAUGAGUGUCUAG